AUGCACCCAUAUCUGUUCUUCUAUUUUCUCGGCGGCUUGACCUUCAUCCCCUUGACCCUCCUCCUCGUCUUCACCGUCCUCUGGAUACGCCUUCCCGCAUUUGACCCGAGCCUACCUCGCCCCACUGACCUGCCACCCCCACAUACCCUCCUAGACCAGAUCGAACGGGAUAACGUCAAGGACAUCCACAGCAGUAGCACCAGUGCCGGCGAUGGAUCAUCCGCAUCCUCCGUAUCAACAUCCACGGGCCUCGACAAGAACAGGAGUAUCCGCAGGAGGAGGUCUGCGCUUCACCACAGCAAAUCGGAUCAACACUUCAAACCCCAGGCCAUGUCGUCAUCAUCCCCCUUCGUCUCUGGCACCAAUUCUAUCAACACCACCGCCUCUGCACCAGGCCGGCUACACAAGACCACAGUCAGUGAUAACAAUGACGACAGUGACGACAGCGAUUGUUCUUCGGAUGAUCAGGACAACCAUGGCGAGGAAGAUACCGUCGUUAACGGCGAUUCAGCUGCAACUCUCAGUCUCAAGGCUGUUACUGCAAGGGAGCCGGAUGUCUUGAUGCAAGCGGACCCCAACCUCAACAAAGAAGGCUACGUUCGCAUGACGCGUGUCCCACGGCUCGGCCCCGCAGCUGAAUCCAUCUCCGACUACAUGUCCAACAUCCUUUUCCAGCCCAAGAAUGCUCGCCCCAAAGACUCGUACUAUGCCGUUCUCCGUUACGACACAUUGUUCCUCUACGAGAGUGACCAACAACGGGACUGCAAGUCCGUCGUGCCCAUGAACCUGUACGAAGUCAAGAUCUUCCCCAAAAGCCUGCCCGAUAACGAGGUCUUCAACAAGGAGCAUCCUAUCCAGAUCAAGCGGAAACCAGACGCCUCUGUCUCAGCCAGUGCCCAGGAUAAUGGUCAGGACGAGUAUUAUAUCUUUAUCCACACGCCUGUGGUCAAGGAAGACUGGUACCUUGCACUGCUGUAUGCAUCCAAGCUGAGAAAGCCUGGAACAAAGCAAAAGAUUCAGGACAAGGCCCAGUUUGACCCAGAGGCGAUUCAGAACCACAUUCGCAUCAUCCAUUCCGACAAGCACCACGAACACACCCGCUGGUUCAAUUCCUUCCUGGGGCGAAUCUUCCUGGGCGUCUACAAGACCAAGAAAAUCGAGGAGAUCUUUAUCCAGAAAAUCACCCGCAAGACCCUCAAGCUGAAACGACCCUCCUUCCUUGGCGAGAUCAAGGUCCGCUCCUUCCAAGUCGGCCACAGCAUUCCCUACAUCACACGCACCAAGCUGCACGAACUCGCUCCCAACGGAGAGCUCUCCUCCGAGUUCCAUCUCUCCUACCGUGGCGGUCUCCGUGUCGAGAUCGAGGUUGAUGUGGGUCUCGGACUGGCCACGCUCAAGCCCGUCAAGGUGACCAUCGUUCUCGCCGUCUUGGUCAAGUCAAUUUCAGGAAUGAUGACGCUCAAGAUCAAAGCCCCGCCAACCAAUCGCUUCUGGAUCGGAUUUCAGGAGCCACCCGAGAUGGACAUUGUCAUCGAGCCUAUCGUUGCCGACAAAGCCAUCAAACUCAACAUGAUCCUCACCGCUAUUGAGUCCAAGAUCAGAGAGGCGAUGGUCGAGGCGAUUGUGCUGCCCAACAUGGAUGACACACCCUUCUUUGACUCUCACGGCAGGGGCGGCAUCUUUGAGGGCGACGAGGACAUUUCUUCAGAGACGCCCGAGGAGAGCGACGCUGAAUCGAUGCUGAUGGGCAGGGCAGGAAAGUCAGGACGUAGGAAAUCAGCAGGAGGUCGCCGCGACAGUGUGAGCUCUUUCAAUUCGGAGCACGCACCGCCCAAGCUGGAUGACAGCGAGCGCAAGUUGUCAUGGAGCUCUGCAGGAACGGAGUCUGACAUUGACCCCGAGUCCGCCCCAAUAGCAACAACACCGCCAAGCACCAUCUACCUCCAGCCGAAUAACAGUAGCAGCACUAAUGCCGUGUCUAUGACCAAUACUACGACGCCCAUUGCUGCCACUAUGGCAGCCAAGUUCAAGCGCUUCUCCCAGGCUCAUUUCCCAUAUAAAUCGACAGAGUCAUUAGCCGAUGCGUCCAAAUUGAAUACCAAACCUACUGUCGCCACCUCAAUUGCUACGGCCAUCAGGACAUCGCCUGCAGGCACCUCACACUCUGUCAGCUCGUCCAACCCAGGAAAACUGUUAGCCAUCCCCAAGCUGAAUGUUAUCAGCGACAUCCCUGAAUCUGCAGGGCCCCGGAUCUUUGCUUCGUCUCCUUCGAAUGGACCUGCCAAGAAGGAUUCUUCCAGUUCAUUGAGACGCCUUGCCAGCCUAGAAUCUCCGGCCAGCGAUGAUUCUGAGAGUAGUACCGAUAGUGCUGAUAGUGCGGCAACGCCUACCGGAAACGACCCAGUUUACCAAUCGCUCCGAAGUCCAGUUGAGCCAAUUGACAAAAAGGAAGGCGCGCCUCGACAGACCCGCCGCACCGAGCUUGACACAUCUCCUCGUUCAAACGCCUCACGAGGAUCGGAUGCGACAAAUGGACAGGUCGAUGGAGGCGGGAAGGAGACCACAAGCAAUUACGGCAACGGAAUGACGUCGUCUUCAUCGCACCUCGGCAUCGCGGGCAUCCUGGACGGCAAACGGUCCAGGAACAAUUCGAUCUCAGGAACUGUCCAGAGCAACCUGGCCAACUUGUUCUCCGAGCGUCGAAACAAAAAGAACCAAAACAAGGGCGACAAUAGCGCAGGCAAUGGUAACAGUAACAACAGCAACAGCAACACUGACCAGGAUACCACCAAAGCUACCAACAACAACAACAAUAACAACAAUAAUAGCCACACCAAGGAUCAUGGCAGGAAAAACAGCGGCGACAGCCUCCUGUCCUUCAAGGCGAAGAAGGACCUGUUGUUGAAAAAGAUCACGAGCAAUAGCAGCACGAAUAGCAACCAGAGCGAGGAGGAGCACGAUAGCGCGAGCCUCAAGAGCCUGUCGUCCAAGUUAUCAUUGGACGAUAUUCGUGUUGGCGGACUAUUGGGUCAUCGCAGGAGAGGCAGCCUCCCUGCUCAGAAUGGCAAGGCCGGCCAAAAACAGACAGCUGCGGCUGCGGAUUCGUCGCCGUUGCAUACCGCGGACCAGCUGCAAGAUCACCAAGGGCAGCAGGAGCAGCAGGAGCACGAGCAAGGGUCACCACAACUUCAAGCACCAGGGAGGAGGGGUUUGGAGCGGUCGAUGUCCAGCACGGCAGUGUCAAGUUCCCGGAAUGUAGACCUGUACCCUCUGGGUAAGCCCUUUGAAGGAUCGUCGCCCUCAACUCGAUUUUUGCCUACGGCCCCAGAAGAGACGAUGGCAAAUCAACCAUUGAGCUCAACAGUCGCGUCGUCGAGGAUGGCUCCUCUCACGUCGUCAGGGUCUACGGGCUCGUCUCGUUCGUCGUCCUCGUCGUCGUCAACGUCGAGGUAUCUGCAGGAGAAAUCGCAGGCAGCACUUGGAGCGACCAAGGCUUGGAUGAAGCGGUCCCUGGAUGAUCGGCGGAUGAGCGAUGAUGACCCCUUGCUCUCUGGCAAAAUGCGCUUGGACUGA